UGCCCGACACGGCUAGCGUCUCGCUGCGCAGCUUCCUGGACGCGGCCGACCUGACCGGCGACGCCACCGACUCCGAGGCGCCUGGCCCGCCGCUGUCGCUGGCCCCCGACUCUGCGCGCACUGUGACGGGUGGCCGCUCGCCGCUGUCGCUGCCCGCUGCUGCUCGUGCGGCGUCUGCCGGGGCCGGCGAGGAGCGCGCCACGGCGUCUUUUGACCUCGGCGGGCGAGGGGAAGAGCCUGUAACGGCGUUUGACAACUGUGAUGAGUGGGACGAGCCUGCGAAGUCAGUGGAAGGUAGGAAUGUAGACGGUGAUGAGGUGUCGCUGGAGGAGUGCAGCGAGCGGGACGGGUCCGCGGCUUCAUUGGAGUACGGGCCCCGCAGUGGCCAUGUGGCGCCACAGGCUGGUAACACAGCAGCACCCGCACACCACGCUGUCAGAGGCGGCAGAUCGGUGGUAGCGCUCGGCCCGCUGGCACUUCUGAGGGAACGAUGCAGCGCUGGAACUGUCACCUCAUUCGUGAGUUCUGCCGCGGGCGAGGCGCUGGUGCCGUUGCCAGGCAGCGGCAGAAACGAGUCAUCAGCGACGCCGGACAGCUCCGGCCGGGGCGUCAUCACCUCCAGGACAGGUGGGACGUCCGGGGAGAACAUGGGAGGCGGCACGUCGGCGCCACCGGACGACUCCGGCCGAGGCGCGACGGUGACAUCGGCGACUGACAGCGACGCGACCCGAACACGCGCCACACCAGAAGACCCAGAUGGCGGUGGGACCGCAGCAUCACCGUCGGACGAGGGCAGAAGCGGUGGCACGCUAGCAUCGGCAGACCAGGCCGGUCAGGGCAGCUGGGCGCGGCGCGACAGCGCGGGGCCGGCUGACGUCGACUGGGCGGGCGCUGAGGGCGCCACGUUCGCCGACUUCGACAGUGUAUCCGCCGAGCCGGAGGAGCCGACAGCGGCGGGCCCCGCGGCGCCUUGCCCGGUCCACGGGCGGGCGGCCCAUCGGCGUGUGGCUAAGCGCUCGCCGGCGCGCCGGCUCUCGUUCACGCUGGAGAACCCCAGCCCGCUGCUGGUCGAGUACUACCUGAAACACCCGGAGGAGCGGCUGCAGGUGUUGGAGAAUGCGGCAGCGACAGCCACCGAGUCCUGGCCGCCGAGACUCUCGGAGGGAGCUCCGGAGAUGUUAGUCGUGUUUAAACAGACCGUAUAG